UGCAAAGUUACUAUUUUUACAUAUUUAAUGAAUUAUAAAAUACAAAUAUAUUGUUUGAGCAAAAACGAUGGGGUUCAACCGAAUCAGUAGCCGAGCUUCUAUCUUCGCCCCUGGACAAAAAAUGAUAUCUCAUCACUAUUUAAAGUCUCAAAACCCCAUUUUUUACUAGCCAUGUCUAGCUAAUAUAUUCACUUAUGGGAAAAGCUUUCACCUCUUUUCACUUAGCACUCUUGUUGAUUCAACUUAUGUUGGGAAUUGCACUUUUAUUUGUUUCUAUUACCUUUGUGUUUGUGUGGAUAAGGUAUAGAAGAGGUAAAAAAGCUCCUCAACAAGCUGAUUCAUUGUCUAUUGCAACAAGAGGAAGGAUUUCAUACUAUGAGUUGCUCCAAGCAACUGAUGCCCUUAGCGAGAGUAAUCUGAUUGGUUUUGGGAGUUUUGGCUCUGUUUACAAGGGAAUUCUCAGCAGUGGGACUGCUAUUGCAGUUAAAGUGUUCAAUCUGAAACUGGAAGCGUCAUUCAAGAGUUUUGAUACAGAAUGUGAAGUUUUGCGCAGCAUUCGCCAUAGGAAUCUAGUAAAAGUCAUCACUAGUUGUUCCAACCUUGAUUUUAAGGCUUUGGUGCUCGAGUAUAUGCCUAAUGGGAAUCUUGAGAAGUGUUUGUAUUCACACAACUACUUCUUAGACAUCUUGCAGAGACUAAGCAUAAUAAUAGAUGUGGCAUGUGCGUUGGAAUAUCUCCACCAUGGGUGCUCAUUGCCUGUGAUUCACUGUGAUCUGAAGCCUAGUAACGUUUUGUUGGAUGCAGAUAUGGUUGCCCACCUAAGCGACUUUGGUAUUUCAAAAUUGAUUGGUGAAGAUGAGAGUGAUUUAUACACUAAAACCUUAGCAACAACAGGUUAUAUUGCACCGGAGUAUGGAUUGUAUGGGUUCGUGUCAACAAAAUGUGAUGUCUAUAGUUAUGGGAUCAUGGUGAUGGAAACGUUUACAAGAAGAAAGCCUAAUGAUGAAAUGUUUGAGGGAGAUCUUAGCUUGAAGCAAUGGGUGAGUAAUUCACUCCCAGAAGCAGUAAUAAAUGUUGUAGAUGCUAACUUGGUAACACCAAUUGAUAAUUACUUGAAGUUAGAUUGUGCGGCAUCAAUAAUGAAAGUGGCACUAGAUUGUUGUGUCAAAUCUCCUGCAAGACGGACAAACAUGAAAGAUGUUGUAGGAAUAUUGCAGAAGAUCAGGAUUCAACUUCUCGCAUGCUGAACUUUCCCGGAAACUCUUGUUCCAAAUUACUUGUUUCGUUGCAAAUGUUUGCUACAUUAUUCUAUCAAUUUGAAGAAUGUAUUUUUAUUUUAGCACUUGGGUUGUAGAUUGUUCUAUUUUCACUUUAUUAAUGUUAGUCGAAAUAAAUAAAUUAAUCUUAACUUUUCCUC